UUAACAGGGUCUAAUUGUAAUGAUUCAUCAGCUAGCUUUACAUAUCUGCUCCAUACAAAGCUGUUCGGAGAGUUUCGAGUAAGGUCACACUUAUACCCCAGGAAGGUUGAUUGGUGAUAUCAACGUAGAUAGGCAGAAUAUUUGGAUUUACAUGUACAUGUAUACGUAAAUCCUCAUGUCGGCCAACCCUUUCCGUAGCCUGUUGGCGCAGCGUAUAAGAAUCCCAUCCUCCCGUCUCUCACCUCGGUGUUUGACUUCUCAUUAUACACAACAGUUCAACCCCACCACCUCUAUAUACAUAAAGAGUAGAGCCUCAUUCUCUACAUCCCGAAUCUCACUAGCACCGGAACAACAACAAGAAAUCAUGUCGGAACCAACGGGUACCAAAGCCACGAGCGGCAUCGAGUUAUUCACCUUCGCCACACCCAACGGUGUAAAAGCCAGCAUCCUCCUCGAGGAGUUAAAAGAAGCAUACGGGAAGCAAUACACAUGGCAAGCGAUCAACAUCAUGAAGAACACGCAAAAAGAGCCGUGGUUCACGGCCAUCAGUCCCAACGGCCGCAUCCCGGCUAUCGUCGACCAUGAUCGUGGCGGGUUUCCCGUGUUUGAGGGGAUGGCGAUUUUGGGGUACUUGACGAGGCAUUAUGAUCCCGAGUUUAAGUUUAGUUUCCCGGUGGAUAGUGAUGAGUUUAGUGUCUGUGAGCAGUGGAUGGCUUGGCAGCACGGUGGCGUUGGACCUAUGCAGGGACAAGCAAACCAUUUCUUCCGCUUCGCUAAGGAGAAGGUGCCUUACGGUGUACAACGCUACGUAGGCGAGGCCGAGCGUCUCUACGGUGUCCUCGAUAAGCGACUCGCGGACCGAGAUUACGUUGCCGGUGCCGGGCGCGGCAAGUACAGCAUCGCGGAUAUAAACCUUCUUGGUUGGGCUAACGGAACGGUUCUUGCGGGUGUUGACCCGGAUAUGUUCCCGAAUGUUAAGGCUUGGGUUGCGCGGUGCUUGGAGCGACCGGCUGUGAAGAGGGGUUUUGCGACCCCCUCGGACUUGGGCAUUGGGAAUGAGGCGUUGCUGAAGGCUCAGGAGGCGGACCCUGAGAAGAAGAAGAAGGCGGAGGAGGAUGCGAAGUGGUUGCAGGAGUGUAAGGAAAAGUAUGGGUAUAAGUAUUCUUCGCCUUAGAGGAUGAAGGGGAGAAGAAGUUGGUGUUGUAAAAAACAGAAAAAGCAAAAGCAAAAGCAAAAGCAUAGAGGGGAAAUUAGGUGGUUACAUGAUGCAUAAAAUAAAAUAAAUUGCAUAACUAUUGCACAUUCAUAACUUGCCAAGCUAAAUGAUACCCUCUUCACUCAUAUCCAUCC